AUGGCGGGCCGGAAACGAACCAGGGCUACCCGGCUCAGGGCCGCAAAGUCCGACGUACCGGAUGUCUAUCAAGAAAUGCUGAUGGAAGCUGCUGCGGACGCCGGCUCUUCAGCAUUCUCUGAGCCCCCAGCUAAAAGACUCAAGCGACCUGGGGAGGGGAAAGCAGAGGCCGUGAAGUCACAGUCGACAGAACAGGGAGGAUCUGGGGAGGACGACGAAGACGCAGACAUUGAAUUCGAAGACGUGGUUUUGCCUCCGGCGACCGUCCAGACCAUGUACAGAGAUUCUGACGACGAAGAGGAUGAUCUUGAUGAUGACGAAGAAGAAGAAGAAGAAGAAGUCGGAAAUGAGGAAGCUAGCAAUUUCGACAAUUAUGAGCCACCUAGCAACAUGGAUUCAUGCCUAGACCGUUCAGACUUCAGAGACGCAGCGAGAAAGCUGUCAGGGUCUCGGGAUACCGGCGCGCAGUUGUACUGUGCUUUGCUGAGGGCCAUAGGAGUUCCCGGUCCCUCUCUGCCAAGACCUAGGGAUGCAAAGCCCUCGAAGAAGCCUACCAAGGAGGAGAGAAUAAGGUCCCAGUUGCUACAAUACAAGUCAGCUGCCGAGGAACCUUCGUCUUCUGCCUCCGUCCUAACUUCACCGCUCCACCGAUUGGGUCACCCGAAUGCCGCUGCCUAUAAGCUGCCAACGGCAUCGACUUCGCCGACCCUGUGGCGACAGGUUGAGGCUCCCAUGAAGAUUCGCGAGUCGAGCUUCCCGGUGUACUGGGUGGAAGUGCUAGACACGGGCCAUCAGAAGUGGCAACCCGUAGACCCUCUGGUAACAAACUCCAUGUGGAAACCCAGACAGCUGGAACCCCCGGCAACCGACAAGGAGAACUCUCUGACAUAUGUCAUUGCUUUCGAUACUGAUGGCACAGUUCGAGAUGUCACGAGGCGAUAUGCCAAGGCAUACACGGCCAAGACACGUCGUCUGCGCAUUGAGACAGUGAUGGAACGUGGCGAGGGUUGGUGGCGGAAAGCAUUGAAGCCGUUCAGCCGGCGUCGGCUGACCGAUCUUGACCAAAUCGAAAACACCGAGCUGAAUGCGAUUGAAGCGCGCGAACCGAUGCCGCGAAAUGUGGCAGACUUUAAAGACCAUCCAGUGUUUGCGUUAGAGAGGCACCUGAGGCGCAACGAAGUCUUUAUGCCAGACGCGCAACCGGCAGGAACGGUAGCAGCAGGUAGCAGGGCUCCACUGGAAAAAGUAUAUCGACGUAAGGACGUUCGAAUUGCCCGGAGCAGGGACAAAUGGUAUCGCAUGGGGCGCGAAGUCAAACCGAUGGAGGUUCCAAUCAAGUUUCUGCCGCGAAGGUCCAAUGCGAAACCGGGCGCGUACGCCGACGACGGUUAUGGUGGAGACGAACGUGAUGCCGCAGGAAUGCCGGUCUUCACGCAGGAUCAGACGGAUAUUUACCGCGCAUCACCGGUCGUCAAUGGGCGAGUUCCAAAGAACAAAUUUGGUAACAUCGACGUAUACGUGGAAAGCAUGGUGCCCGAGGGAGGGGUCCACAUCCGUGACGAGUUCGACACAGCUGCCAGAGCCGCCUACGUUCUGGGGGUCGACUACGCGCCAGCUCUGUCAGGGUUUCAAUUCAAGGGCAAACAUGGGACUGCAGUAUUCAACGGCGUCGUGGUUGCGAAGGAGCAUGAGGAAGCUGUGCGUGCAGUGAUGACUGGGUUCGAGGAUGUAGACGCACAGGAAGAGCAAAGCAAGCGAUCCUUGGUCGCCAUCCGGACUUGGAGGCGAUUUCUUGUGGCACUCCGAAUCUUUGAACGCGUGUGGGCAGGCGUCGAACCUGAGGAGCGGGCCGAGGAAGAAAGAAAGCUGACCGAAUUCGUCCGGACCGAUAUGGAUAAGGGGUCGGACGGCUACGGUACAGAGGAAGGCGGAGGUUUCCUCAUUGAAGACAGCGUCAUGAUUGACGACGCUGCGCAAACACCAACCAGUGCGGGACUCACAAGCAGGGCCGAUGUAAGGGAGAGCACACACGGCUCUGAUUUAAAGAGAGGUAUUCGUUCUGUUGCCCACAAUGAGGACAUGGGUGAGGGUGCAGCAGAUGAUGGGGUGGAGGCUGACGGGUGCGGUUUCCUGGUUGAUACUGAUGAGGGGUCUGAUAACAUCGAUGCAGUUGAGAGAACUGCUGGGGUCCAGGCAAGACCUGAGAUUCAAAGGAAGGAAAGUCUUGGGGCAGAAGAGGACAACGAGGUUGAAGUUGUGCUGAGCGAUGUUACUGAGGAAUACGAUAUGGAGGAAGACGAGGACGGCGGAGGAUUCCUGGUGGAUUAG